ACUGGUGGAUUACUUUUCACACAGCUAUCAAAACCCCUAACUCACAACUAAAGAGGAGAUCAUGACAUGGCUCAAUAAUGUUUGAUCCUUAUUUCCAAUUGUGAUAUGUUCACUAAAAAUAAACACAAAUGCCUUUAUUUUCAUGAUAUGAUAACUACUCUAAAGACUGGAACAUGGAUGUUGACAGAUAUCUCUGAGGCCACGCCUAACGUCUUGAUGCUGGACUUGUAUUGGUAGGGAGCACACAGUGCCCAGGACCGCAUUGGCUGUUGUGUUUUUUUCACAAGGGUCCCAAACUACACCGAGAUUUGGAAUAUUACGUUACAGUCCUGCAGGAAAAAUGGCGACUGCCAUUCAUAAUCCUCUAAAAUCGCUUGGUGACCAGUUCUAUAGGGAGGCUAUCGAACACUGUCGCAGUUACAAUGCCCGUCUCUGCGCUGAACGCAGCGUGCGCAUGCCCUUCCUGGACUCCCAGACUGGUGUGGCGCAAAACAACUGCUACAUCUGGAUGGAAAAGUGCCAGCGCCAGCCAGGCCAGGCAGCAGGACAGAUGUAUACCUACCCUGCUCGUUGCUGGAGAAAGAAGAGGCGACUCCACCCUCCCCUAGAUCCCCAGCUCCGCCUAUGUGAGCUUCGACUAGAAGCUGAGAUGGCCCCGAAGCGCGAGGGGCCCCCAGGGGAGGCCACAGCCUUGGAGGCCCUCCUGAGGGGGGACAGCCAGAUUGAAAAAAAAAACAACAUCUGUAAGGAGGAGGAGACGAUGCUGGAAAUACAGAGAGUUCUGGAGGCAGAGGAAAAUGGAGACGGUCUCGGUGAUGAAGAUGACUUUGAACUGGAUACUCCAAAGAGGAAGAACAGAAACAGAGGCAAAAACAGAGGAUCCAGUCGCAGGAGGACAGAAGCCGCUAACCUUGAAGACCAGGACAAACCUUACGUCUGUGACAAUAGAUACAAACAAAAGCAUAACUCAAAAAAGGCUGAAGAAGUCUGUGGAAAGCGCUACAAGAACCGGCCCGGCCUGAGCUACCACUACACCCACACUCACCUGGCAGAGGAGGAGGGCGAGGAGGAGAAGGAAUCAGAGAUGACCCCGUCUCCUCCAUACUGCCCGGACAACCACAAACCUCAGAAGGCUGCAGACGGCAGCAUCAUCCCCAACGACUACUGUGACUUCUGCCUGGGCGACCAGGACUCCAACAGGAAGACGGGCCAGGCCGAGGAGCUGGUGUCCUGCUCUGACUGUGGACGCUCCGGUCACCCCACAUGUCUGCAGUUCACCGACAACAUGAUGCAGGCGGUGAGGACGUACCAGUGGCAGUGCAUAGAGUGCAAGUCCUGCAGCCUCUGCGGCACAUCAGAGAACGAUGACCAGCUGCUGUUCUGCGAUGACUGUGACAGAGGAUACCACAUGUACUGCCUGAAGCCCCCAAUGACCAAGCCUCCAGAAGGGAGCUGGAGCUGUCACGUAUGUCUGGACCUUUUAAAAGACAAGGCCUCCGCCUAUGGAGAAGCAUAACUUCCAUGAACAUUCUCUUCAAAUCACACUUACACACACAAUUUAUAUAUAUUUGUACCUAUACAUUAACUGUUUGACAAAACCACACUUUAGCAAACACUUCUCUCAGAUAUAAUUAAAAAAAACACACUCCAGUGCAUUAGCCGGCUCAGAGCAGUUUCCUGUCUGAGGCGCGAAGACCUUUGACCUCUCAUGUAGCCGAGCAACACUCAAAAAACGGCAUCAACAUGCAACCUCGACCAUCAGCUAGCUGCAGGUUUGCCGUUGUAGGUUAUUUCUCUACCUCACCACUCAGCAGACGGCAAGAAGCCAAAGCAAGAUUGAUAACGGCCAAUACUGUGCAGUACAAAUACUCAUUUUAAACCAACCUCGGAUGUUUUCACUCCUGAUUUAAAUUGUAUUCUGAAGAUUUGUUGCAGGCUUUUCUGAUUCAAGCUGUUUUCACUUGCUUCCCUUUCUACUCAAGCUCUACAGUGAGUUUGACUGAUGUUUGUUUAACUUCUUCCUCCCAGCUCUACUCCUCUCCUGUGUUUAGACUUUGCCGUUUCAUAUCUGGACAGACUCAAUGUUAGCUAUGCCAUCUUUCACAGGUUUUUGUCAAGCUUUGUUAAAUGUAUGUCCUGCGCUGGGAGGAAACAGGGCGAUAAAACAGCCUCUGCUAUCAUU